CAUGUCGCGGGGCAGUUCUGUUGGUCGUUCGCAGCUUGUUGAAUAUAUUAGGAGUCGCUGCCGAAGUAAUUAGAGCACGUUGGCUUUUUUUUUGUGGGGAGGAGGGAAGUCUGCUGUAAAAAGAAACGGAGCCAAACUCUUCGAUGCAUUACAUGCAGUGUGUUGACGGAAAAACAGGCGAGAAGAGCAUAGCCUACUAUGUUGUGGGGGAAGUACUGAGAAAGAAACUCUUCACUGCGAUCGCAGAAGACUUUUGAAUGGAUGCGUGACAUAAGCCAUCCCUUAUGCAAAAAAAUAGCAAACUUCAAAACUUUCAGACACCAAGACGAUGGCAAGUCUCGCUGGCUUGAUCCGAUUCGAGGGGCAUCUUCUCGUCUGUUUACUGAUAGUUUUCAGCUAUUCUGGAUCGCUGGCCCGGCGGAUCUGCUGGCAAGCUAUCGUGCAGUGUCAGGUCGAGCCCGAUUGCAGCUUUGCCUACGAGCAAUAUACCGAGGCGUGCAGGUCAGUGUUAAACCUGGAGACCAGGCGGUGUCCCAGCCACUGCCUGUCGGCUCUCAUCCACCUCAACCAGACGCAGAACGGACCCAUGCUGGAGAACUGCGACUGCGUCAAGGACGAGCUGUGCAAAAGCACCAAGCGUGCCAUCGAGCCCUGCCUGCCGAGGACUCGCAACCGGGAUGGGGUAAUGGGCUGCACCGAAGCCCGCCUGCAGUGCGAGAUGGAUCAACAGUGCAACAACGCCCUGCACCGCUACCUCCAUAACUGCGGCAAACUUUUCAACGGUAUCAAAUGCACAGAUCAGUGCCGGGAGGUAAUCGAGAGCAUGUUGGUUAUCCCUAAAGCCUUGCUUCUCAAGGAGUGCGUCUGCGACGGAGCCGAUCGACCCAUUUGCGAGGCGAUUAAGGACAACAUGGCCAGACUAUGCUUUUUUGGACCCGAUCAUAGUUCAGGCAGUAGCGGGUCGGACAUGGAGCCAGAUGAAUACUGGGACUAUGAAGUUGAUCCAACAGACAACAUUAUCGGUGACGAUAAUAGAAGCACAAAAAGGUACCCUUCAAGCGCCACCGUUCCAGUGCCUAAUGCUUUGACUUUGAUGGCAUCCAUUUUACUACUACUACUGAUCGCCCGGUUAUAAUUGAACAAUGAAACUUUUAUAUUCUUCUUCCAUAAAGAAGCUGUGCACUGCCAUCUUCAAUAUAAAAAGACAAUUCAUAGACUUUUUAUAUAAAUUUUAAUUCUGGUAAGAUUUGUUUGUAUUUUUGUUUGCAUCCGAGAUAUGGAAUUUACCUCUGGUGCAACUAGUAUAAAUCUUAUAUGACUGGUAUUUUUUAACCAGUAGCUGUGUGUCUGUGCAUAAAGUUACAUUUGGAGAAUAAUUUAUUGAAAUAUAGACUUAACCACAUGGCUUUGGUUUUGCACCGAGCAGUAAGAGAGUGCAUUAAUAUUUUUAUCGGCUAUGGUGCAGAAUUUCAAUACUUUUCACUAAAGGGAAAUUGAUUUAUUAUGACCGAUCGACGAUCCCAAUUGAACAAUAUAAGGUGCGACAUAGAUUUGAAAAAUCUUUAAAAAUGUAUUUUUGGAAAGCGAAAGAUAUAUAAAAAAACUUGGCCUUGAUAGAAAUUGUUCUUUAAAAAUAUUUUGUAGGGUUGCCAUUAACAUUGUAUUUUCAUAGAAGCCAUAAAGAGUCAUCUAGUUUAAAAACUAUGCCCUAAGACUUCGUGUGUGCCUGUGUUGGGUGCAUGUGAAAGCGCUGGCGUUUCGCAGUUAAUAAGGUGUUUCGUGAACUUUGAGUUUGUAUAACAAACUAACUUCCCCAAACUUCCAGGGCCUUCACUUUUGGUGUUUUCACGGAUGCUGACGGCUGGGUCGUGAAUAAUUGAGUUUCCUCUGCAUUACAUUUCUUUACAAGUUGCUGCAGGAAUCAUUAGAGUGAUUACUUUUUUUAAAAAAGUUAACAUUGCUAUGCGAGGGGAGGUGCAACACAGCCAUUGAUCACUAUGCAGUAUUGUCUAACAUGCGCAGUGUACACUGCUCAUCUUUUAAAAAAUCCCUCAGAAAUCAUUUAAUUUUCUCGUUAUUAUUUUUCGGCCACUAAUCUUUAAUCGCUGCAAAAUGCCGUCCAGAGCAGGCUCGCUUACCUGUCUUUCAGUGUGAAUAUCUUUGAGCACAAUGUAUUGGAACAUUUAUCGCAAUUCAUAUUUUAACAAAACAUUCUACCAAUUGUUUGUGUUUUGGAAUGCAGCCGGCCCACUUGUUUGACCCAUGUGUGUCCACGAGAUGUGUACUUAGUUCCACGGCGGUGUGGGGGAAAGGGUCAAAGAUGAGAAUCACCACACACAAAAAAAAACUAAAGCACAUCGGACAACCCAUGCAUAUAAUGUAAUGUCUUCUACUCGGAGUGGCUUUGAGGGCAUUCAGCCUGGGUUCCUGCCAAGGCUCCAGAUCCUCACUCAAACGCCCUUAGAUAAAUAAUUACACUCUUAAGCACCCGUCGAGUGCUGGUAUACUUGACCUUGUAAAUAAGAGUGUUUGCAGUAAGAAUAAAUUCCAUCGUUUGAAAUCUUUAAACAUUUAACACAAAGCAGGCCCGGCCCUCUGGGGAAUUGCCCAUGCCUUCUCAAGUAAGUCGCGCCACAUCAGGCUUGCAGAAAAAGUUUAUUUAUCUUUUCUCUUGCUGUUUAUUUUAUUCUUCAAUGUUGCGGUUGGAAGCCCAGUCAAAAGUUUAACUGCACCCACAAAUAAACUUACUUUGGUUGACGGAUUUGAGUAACGACCGCAACCCUAUUAUGCGGAUUUUAUAUAAAGGGAAACCUGUAUGCUUACAUUUGUAACCGCUGUAAGUAGUUAUUUGCACACCUCUUUAAAUGUACUUUAACGUGGGCACGGUCUUCCCGGAAGCAUCUUUCCUCGCCGCGCCUGUAGAUUGAAGGUGAUUUAUUUUUUUAAUCUUUUGCAAGUAGCAGCUGUUUUCACGUAUGAGUCGAUUUGAUUUGGUAACUUUUAUUCUUACAUCUACGGAUUAGUUGUAAAUACAGACUUUGACAGACUGCCCAUUUUGAAAAUUACAAUGGGAAGAAAGUCCCGCUAUAAAAUAGAACCAUAGAAGACGUUGUUAACUACAUGUGAUUUUGACAAAUCUGGUAAAUAUAUAAUGUUUUAAAAGAUGACCUGUUGACCCGAAGUGAAAUCGUUGUUUGCUAGCUACUGUGCAGGCGCCCUUCGUUGCUUUUCUGUGUACUUAGUUGGACUAAUGGCUGUUUACGUUAGUCUUACGACUGAACAUUUCCAGUUUCCAUUGAAAAGACAUUUUGAUGCACGAGACAUAGGGAUAUUUCCCCAGCAAAGAGUGGAGAUAUUAGCACUGCAAAGCCUGGGGUCUAGCAGCUGAGUGAUAAUUAACCCAGAGGAUAAAUGGGGACUAGUUUACAAGCGCCUGUCAUCUGCCUAAAAUAAAUCACCAGCCAAAACGUCUGGUAAAGUUGCAGCUGAUUCGCCCCGAGAGUGCAAAUGUGCAUGGUAUAUGUCAACCAGACCCAGAGAGGCGAUCAUCUUCGUGUUUUACUUAGAUUCAAUAACUGGAUUAUUAUGUUAGAAAUUUAUUUUAAUGCAUUAUAAUUUUACCCUUGAUGCUUUUUGCUGUGGGUACUGUCUUGGUAUCUCACAGGAGUACCUUUUCAAUAGGAAACAAUAACAAUUUUUAUUUUCAAAAUCCGCACCAAAAAAAAAGUCUUAUUAGCAUGACGGUACUUUUCUACAGUGCUCGAACAGAAAUCGAGGAUUGCAUUUUCCCUGGUACCAGGCAAUCUAAGUAACUAUUUUGAGAUUGUAAGUCAGCGAUUUGUUGAAAUAAUAUCGGCCGCACGCAAGAAAACCCACACUGACUAAAGAUCAAUUGAAUGAAUGCUGCCAGGCAUUAUGGUAAAAAAGCGAUCGACUCCGGCGGAUGUCGGCAUACAGAACAGAGAGAGCCCUGAGGUACAGCGUCGAGAGGGUGCAGGGACUUUUCCUCUCUCUCUCAUUCUCGUUCUCUGUGACAAAAUGUUUAAGGGACUCCUGAACAAUACCGGAGAACAAGGAGCAGUUCAUUUAAUUGACAGUGACCAUACAGUAUAUGGAGAGAGGGUCUCUUGCUCCACCGAUCAGCCCGGCAGACAGCAGUCCUUUUGUAUACAAGGCACAAUAGAGAAAAACAUAGUACUUGGUGUUUAUGAAACCAUCAUGACAACAACAUUGACUAUCCAAUCAGCUAACUCGCAGUGGCCAUUCUCCCACGAGUAACCAGGGCUCCAAAUAAAUUAUUUCAACAAUGUUUAUUACGGGACCACAAGAGCCCUUCAGCUGCAUUAAUCGGGGAAGUCGAGUGGCACUUUUGUUAUGUAAAUGUUAAGCACAUAAUAGUUCAGUCAAACAAUGGGCAGGCACUUCAUUCUAGCAUGCUACACGUCCAGGAAACUGCAGGGAAUUAUGUGGGAAAUAUCUACACACUGGCUACCCCCAGCCUCCAGCGCAUCAUAAAUGUAUGGGCUUGAGAUAUUGUUAUUGUGGAAGGAGCCCUUUCAGUCAGUAAAUGUUUAGGUGACCCUUUACAAAACCAAUACAGUGACACUGCUUGGGGAUUAUCCGCACAGUGGCAGUCCGCGGCCCCUGUUAUAUCAUAAACGUGUAGGAACUAGAUUUGCUUAUUGUGGAAAUGUUUUAUUUAGAGACAAAAGGUGCGGGUGUGAGAGAAAAAUGACUAAAGGACAAAGUGCAAGAAUAAUGCACUUGACAGGACACUGAAAGUAAUGACGUGGGAAACAUCGCCACCUUGACAGGCAUUUCUUCAGAGUUCGCCCUCCACUUAAAUUUACGGGAACUUUCGUUUUAAUUGUGCUGGAGGUUUGGUAUUAAAGUGUAUGUUAUAUCAAAAGGGAGGUGCGGCGCCAAGGUGCAGAUGAAUAUCUGCUCAGUGACAGAAUCCAGUCAUUCCUUUAAAACAAAGACAAUGAUUGGAUGUUGUCAUUGGAGAAAACCAAUAAUGCGCUGACUGCAGUUAAAAUAUGAAGAAUAUCUAUUAUAACUCAUCAGCUGUACUGGGCCACUACGCUAUUUCGGGUUAUCAUCACGCACCUGCUAAGGUUGGUUUAUUUUAUAUAUAGUGUACAAAUAUGAACUACGAUCACAUAUCCAGAUAGAGAUCGCUAACCCCAUAAAUGUUUGCCAUAAGGGGCAGAUGCAUAACAUUUCAUUUAUCUGGCUGGCAAGGGUGUUGGGGAAGAAAUUUAGGAAGAAGCUUCUGAAUGACCACAAUGCUAAAACUUCCCAUUGUUUUCAAUGUCUUACGGAAAUAACACCGUAGUUCACUGCUGAAGCAAUAGACAAACCCCCCAGUGUUUAAAACGAUGCUGAAGUGAAACAGAUUUAUCAAAAUAUUCUAGAACAAAUAUGGAUGGCGAACAAAUGGCAAUGAGCGGUGAAUUAAAACCGAUGGAAUGA